AUGACUAUUCAACAAAUACCGAUAAUCCUAGAUGCAGAUACAGGAAAUGAUGAUGCGUUUGCAAUAUUGUUAUCUGUUUUCAAUCCAAGAUUCAAAUUAUUAGGUAUAACCACAGUUCACGGAAAUGCUCCCACAUACAUGACAACUCAUAAUACUUUAACUAUUUUAGACAUAUUGGGAGUUCACAACGUAAAAGUCUUUCGGGGAGAGGAAAAUCCUUUGUUUGUUGAACCAAGUUAUGCAUUAAAUGUUCACGGUAAAAAUGGGAUAGGUGGGAUAGAUGUUCCAAAAUCCACUAGAAACCAAGUACAAACUAACGAAAACUACCUAGAAUUUAUGUAUAAAUCAAUUUGUGAAUAUGAAAAUGAAUUAUGUAUAGUAUGUACAGGUACUUUAACAAAUAUGGCAAAAUUAAUUAAAAAAUACCCAGAUGUAAUUGACAAAAUCAAAUAUUUAUCAAUAAUGGGAGGAUCAUUUGGAUUUGGAAAUAUAACUGAAUUUGCUGAAUUUAAUUUUCAUACUGAUCCUCAUGCUGCUCAAUAUGUUUUGAAAAAAUUCAAUCAAUCUAAAAUCAUAUUAUCACCUUUGAAUUUAACUCAUAAAAUUAUUGCAACUGAAUCAAUAAGAAAUGAAAUGUAUAAUGAGUUAAAUCCUCAAAAAAAUAGUGAUUUAAGAUUGGCAUUUUUUAAGAUAUUGAUGUUUUUCACUUUGACUUAUAAACAAGAAAAUAGUAUGUCAUUAGGUCCACCUUUACAUGAUCCAGUUGCUGUAUACAUUUUAUUACCAUUUAUCGAUAAUAAUUUCAAAGAAUAUGGUUAUAAAUUUAUACAAAAGAGAAUAACUGUUGAAAUUAACAAUAAGGAAAGAAUUGGUGAAUGCAUAUACCUAAACAAUAAUAGUGUUGAAAAUGAAAAUGAAGAUGAUGGUGUUAAUAUUGGUGAAGAAUUAGAUGCCUCAAAAUUUUGGGAAUGUCUUUUAAAAUGUUUACAUAAUGCUGAAUUAAAUUUACAAAAUUUAAACUAG